AUGCCCGUGCAGCCGAAGCCGACAGCCACAACGUUGUGGCUUGAGCAACAGCGCCAGAGGGAAUACAUGCAGCAUCGCCGGCGAGUGGAGGAACAAACGUCUUGCAUUGAUAACAAACCGCCUCACGCGUUGAGUCUGAGCAACAAAAGGGCGCUGAUGGAGCAGGAACGAUGCAAACGGAUCGAAGAGGAAAACAGAAGAAUUGUCCACAACAUGACAAUUAUUAUGAAGAGAGGCGGUGGAAUUGAUAACAAGGAGCCCUGGCGCAGCGCCAAUGCGGCGCGUGAUGCGGAGCGCCGCCGGAGGAGGGAGCAGCAACGCAUUGAAGAGGAAAACUUAAGGAUUCUGAAGCGGUUACAGAAAACGAAGCCGGCGUACUCCGUUGAAAAGUGGGAAUCAGAUAGACUACAAAAUGAAGAGUAUAUCGCGCGACUGAGCCGCUAUACAUACGAGCCAAUGGGUUCCCGCCGAAGUGAGCGGGAGUGA